AUGGGAAGCCGCCUUCCGCGUCAGGCCCUGGGGCCACCUAGCGCAGCAUGGGGUGCCCUGAUUGGCAGCGCCUCUCCAGAUCCCAGGCAGGAGUCCCUCCCAACCCCCUACCCGGAGAUGCCGGGACGGCCCGGGCAAGGCAGAGGCUCUCCCACUGAGCUACGGCCCUUCCGCAGACGCGCCAGAUUUUAUGAGCAUCUAUCCUCAGCCUUCAUUUCCUUCUUCUAGUAUCAGUUACUUCAGAAUAGCUGGGAGGUCGACACUUGCGCAACGGCGUUGGAAAGACGAGGGAGGGGACUGGGCUUCUCUUUACAGCGGGUGGGCUCCCAGCAGUGUUGGAGGGGGCGGGCGGGUGUCCUGGAGCCCGAGCCGCCUGAGACGAAAGGGUUAACCCUCAAGAGGAAGGGGGGCUGGCCGGGCUCCAGCUGCUGGCCGCUCUUCUUCGGGGCGAAGGCGGAAUAUCACCCCAAACCCCAAGCGUCUCCGCACACAGGCGGAGGACAUCACGGCCAGGGCUCGUCGGCCCCCUCCCCCUGUGCAAAUCGACACAGAUCUUUGCAACGCCUCGCCUGUCGCUUAAAUGAGCGCCUGGAGAAAGGAAGGCAAAACUUUCCACACCCUUUUGCGCCGGAGGAGUCCCACAAGGGGGGCUUGGGCGCCCUGGCUGCCUCGCCUCGCCGUCGGAAACAGCCGCUCCUCAGCGGUGGCCUUUGCAAGCGACAGCCUUCAGGAGGUUCCAAAGACUCACAGCAAAGUUACAAUGUUCCCCACGCUCUUUCAACAGUGGAGUUUCCUGGUGUUUCUGCUGAGUUACUGUGUACCCUCCUCUGGGAGAUCACUGGAAGGGAAUAGUCGCAGACUCAGUAAAAGGACAGUAUCAGAAUACCAACUGUUACAUGACAAAGGAAAGUCUUUGCAAGAUAUACGAAGACGAAACUUCCUGCAAAAUUUAAUUGAGGGUGUUAACACAGCCGAGAUCCGGUCUAUGUCAGAGGUAUCGCCAAACCCUAAACCUGCCACCAUCGCAAAGAAUUAUGCUGUCCAGUUUGGCAGUGAUGAUGAAGGCAAGUACCUGACUCAGGAGACCAACAAAGCUCAGACGUAUAAAGAACAGCCCCUUAAGGUACCAGGAAAGAAAAAGAAAGGGAAGCCUGGGAAACGUAAAGAGCAAGAGAAGAAAAAGAGGAGGGUUCGUUCAGCCUGGCUCAGCUCAAGAGGGUCUGGUAGUGGAAUGGCACGGAUCCCCCUCUUGGACAUCAUUGGUACUACACACAUCAAUACAAGAUUUUGAAAUGCUAUUCAAUUACUUUCAUACACAUGACCAGCAAGGUUUCAGAAUAGUUAAGGGAACAGUGACAGUUCAAAGGGGUCCCUUUGUUAAAGGAAGUAAAAGAAACUGAACAGAAUUGUCCUUUAAAUACUGAAGAAAAAGGAGAAAACUCUGCAUGGGAAUGAAAAGAAGGUGCUUCUCUUACCUUAAAAGGUAAGAGAAUUGAUGAAGGUAAGGAUCACAGUGUUCCAAGUUGGAUUUCUCUUCCACAGGGACAAGUGAGCCUCUGAUACCAAGACAGCUAAAUGCAAUUCUUUAUACUGUCUUCUUUGCUAGUCUAAGCUAGUCAUCCGAUUCAAAAUGUGUUGGUCCUUUAGUCAACAGUUUCCAGUGCACCUUUUGAGGAUUCUGUUCCUCUUUCCCACAAGGAGCGUGCAGCUUCUACAGUCCUUAAUCCAUACCCCACAUAUGUUCCUAAAUGCAGGGACAGCAGCUGGGAAGGUGUGUUAUGGAUUACAUGAGGUAUGGAGCUCAGUGGGCUCUUUAAACAUCUUAUGGCACUCAGGAGUACCCAGUUUAGAACUAUUCUAAUCUUAGGCCACCUAAGAAGUUACCCAGUUCAGUGCAGAGCGUGGAAGAUUACUUUUAAAAAGUAAUAAAUUACAGUUACAGUUACAUGACCCAAAAGGAGUAAUUACCGUUACAAUUGCAAUUGCUCUGAAAGUAACCGAUUACUUUACUUUUCCUCCAAAGUAAUCACUACAAUUACAUUUCAGUUACUUUAAAAAAACGCCUACAAGGUGCUGGCCUUAGCUGCUGCACAUCUAAGUAGCCUAAAACAACAUUAAAAAUAAACAAACACAUACAGAGGUAGUAGAAUAAUUAUUUUUAUUAAUAAGAUAGCAAUGGUGGUCUCUCCGCUGGUAAGGGUGGUGUAGAGUGAGGCUGAGGCCACUACUCAGAUCUUUGUAUGCCAAACCAAGUGCAACCCCCCUCCACUGAGCCAGCCAGCAUAAUCUCUCUCACUUAACCACCUCCCAGGCCCUGCCCUGCCACCAACUAAGGGACACUCACUCAAGCAAACAUUUUCCCCUGAGAUGCAAAAAAGUUAAAAUACUGCAAAUGCAGCACAGUAGCCA